CCCCCACCAUGCCAGUAUGCAGUAUGGCGUCUCUCCCGUGGCAGUUGUGUUUUGGUGGUCGGAGAAAAUCAGCCUUCCGUACUUAGUUCGGGUGGAAAUCCGCCGAAAUCCCGUUCCAGACGAGAAUUUAGUUUAAGUGGAUGUGAAUGUGCACGUUUUCGGGUUGUUUGAGGAUAUUGUGUGUGUGAACAAUAUGUGCUUUUGACAGCCCGCUGCGUCCCUGGAUUUCUCUACGAGUAGAAAGUAGCUCCACAGACUGUGAUACGCGAAAUAGGAACAGGAUGGAAUGACGUAAUUUAGGCACAAGAUGAGCGAAGUACAGCCGAGCGUGGCCCAUAUGAAGCGGCCGAAGUUCGUGGGCUGCAAGGACAGCGUUCCGUCGGUGCACGGACGGCCCAACAACAACCUGAACAACAAAAUACGACUAAGCAAUCACCAGAGGAACCUGAGUUUAGAUUUUAGAUCGAUGGGCAUCCUCCUGCCCCCCGUCGCCCAAGUGACGUCUUCCAGCGGCACCCACCUCACCCUGCACCACCGCAACCGCAGCCUCGACUCCGCGCUCCAACGCAUCCCCGAGGUGGACGUGACCCCCAGCCCCGAAUGCGAGACCGUCACCUCCAUGCUGGCCGGCGACCAGCUGCAGGCCGACCCCUCGAAGACGGCUCAGCGCGACGAGCUCGCCAGCCUCGGCUCCGACGACUCGGGCAUCCUCUGCGGCAGCGACAGCGGCUCGAGCGACAGCAACGCGACGAGGGAGUCGAGCGUGGAGUACCUGUCGAACGAGCGCCGCCAGAGCCGCGAGAGCCUCGACUCGGACGCGGGCGGCGAAGCGGCGGUCGAGACCGACGUCGCCGACGACGACAGCGAGAGGAGCAGCGACGCGUCCAAGGGCUUCGGGAUGCUGCGGCUACUGGAGAGCAAGGUGUUCGACGUCUCCAUGGCGAUGCACUAUUUGUUCAAGAGCAAGGAGCCGGGGGUGCAGAGCUAUAUAGCGAACAAGAUGUUUAGCUUCGACAAUCACGAGGUGGACUUUUAUCUUCCGCAGUUGGUGUGCAUGUAUAUACAGAUGCACGACGUCGCGGAGGUUAUUCAUCCGUAUUUGAUACAUAGGUGUAGACAGUCGAUAGAUUUCUCCCUAAAAUGUGCCUGGCUGCUGGACGCCUACAGUUCGGACGCGUCGUUGCCGUCGAAGAAGAAACCCCUCGGCAUCAAACUCCGCAACCUCAUCCUCUCCGACGAGCUGCGGCCGAAAGACCAAAGGACUCCGACGAUCACCCUCAACGACAAACUCACCGUUCCCGCGAAAAAGUCUCACCAGAGGUCGCAGAGUGACGCCUCAGCUCUGAUCGUAGGGAUGAGGAGGUCGUCUUCGGCCGGCAACAACCGACUUUGCCUCGGAGAUCUCACCUCGGGGAGGGCCUUCGACAACGGCUGCACGUGCUUCGAGAGCUGCCGAGGCGUGGUCAACGACCUCCGAGGAAAAAAGACUGAAUGCACGUGUUCGGCGCCCCGUCUUGCCCCCGAGCUGGAGUUCAUGAAAGCCCUCAUCUCCAUCGGCAAGCUGCUCUCCUCCAUCCCCACGAAGGAGUCGAAGACGACGCGCCUGGUGGCCGAGUUGACAAACCUCAACCUCAACUUGCCGGCGCGCGUGUGGCUGCCGCUGUCCACGCGGCCGCACCACAUCGUCAGGAUACCGCCCCAAGUCGGCGCCGUGCUCAACUCCAAGGACAAAGCGCCGUACAUCGUCUACGUCGAGGUGGUGGAAAUCGACGAUUUGCACACGUCGAUCGUAACCUCGAAGAUCAUGCCGACGCUGCGGCACACCAAGUCCGAGGAGAACCUCGGGGGCGGCGACACCACGUCUUUGUCGGCCUUCAGUAUGUGCGGGGGGUUGUGCGACGACAACGACCCCGACUGGAGCCAGGAGGACGACGAGAUUUCGCAGCAGUACACUCAGUUGAAGAAGCACGUUGACCGCGAUACUCUCUCACAAAUGAGCCAAGAAUCGAGCGACUCCCGAGAGCCCCCGAUGUGGAUAGCCGCCGGCGAGAUUCGCCGCCGUUUGAGCGACUCCAUCCACGAGGAGAAGAACAAGCAGUUCACGCACGACCCCCAGGACCCGUCGGCGGCGGUCCUGAAGGAACCGUGGCACGACAAGGAGCGACGGAUACGGGAAAGCUCCCCUUACGGGCACCUGUCCACGUGGAACCUGCUCAGUGUCAUAGUCAAGUGUGGCGAUGACCUCCGCCAGGAACUCAUGGCUUCGCAACUCCUCCAGAUGUUCCAGAAAAUCUGGGAGAAGGAGCACGUGCCCUUAUGGGUGCACCCAUAUCGCAUCCUGUGUCUCUCUAACGACAGCGGCCUCAUCGAGCCCAUCCUCAACACCGUGUCGCUGCACCAGGUGAAGAAGCACCGCCAGCUGUCGCUCUUGCAGUACUUCAUCCAAGAGCACGGCCCGCCGACGUCGGAGGCCUUCCUCACGGCGCAGAAGAACUUCGUCCAGAGCUGCGCCGCCUACUGCCUGUUCUGUUACCUGAUCCAGGUCAAGGACAGGCAUAACGGGAAUAUUUUACUAAAGAGUGACGGUCACCUCAUCCACAUCGACUUCGGGUUCAUUCUGUCGAUGUCGCCGAAAAACCUGGGCUUUGAAACGUCGCCGUUCAAGCUGACGGCGGAGUUCGUGGAGGUGAUGGGCGGCGACCAGUCCGACAUGUUCGAGUACUUCAAGAUCUUGAUCCUGCAGGGGCUGGUGGCGGCGCGGAAGCACAUGGAUAUGAUUAUUCCGUUGGUGGAGAUUAUGCGAUCAGGUUCGCAGCUGCCGUGCUUCAAGUCGGGGGCGGCGACGGUGCAGAACUUGAAGAACCGCUUUCACAUGAGCAUGACCGAGGAGCAGCUGCAGCUGGAGGUUAACCGGAUGGUGGAAGUCAGCAUUCAUUCGUUGUCGACGAAACUUUACGACGGUUUUCAGUAUUUUACAAAUGGUAUACUUUAACCACUUUAUUUAUAAAUAGACUGAACUAGAAUCAA